AUGCCGUCUACAGCUCUGCGCCUGCGGACCCUCGGCGCCUUUGCGCGCCAUGCGACAAACCCCACUGCUGUCUUGUCCAGAUCAUUUUCUGCCACUGCCCGCCGAGCUGAGAUCAACAAGGUGCUGCCGUCCGCCGCCGAGGCCAUCAAGGACCUCAAGGCCAACUCGACGUUAUUGUGCGGUGGAUUCGGCCUUUGUGGCGUCCCCGAUACUCUCAUAGAUGAGGUUCUCAAGAGGCCCGACAUCACCGGCCUGACAGCCGUGUCAAACAAUGCCGGCACCGACAGCUCUGGUCUCGGCAAGCUUCUCAAGACGAAGCAGGUCAAGAAGAUGAUUGCUAGCUACAUUGGCGAAAACAAAACGUUCGAGACAAUGUACCUCACCGGCCAGGUUGAGCUGGAGCUGACCCCCCAAGGAACCCUCGCAGAGCGUUGCGCAGCCGGUGGUAAGGGCAUUCCUGCUUUCUACACACCCGCGGCCUUUGGAACCGUUGUCCAGACGGGCGAUUUGCCGCUAAAGAAUAAGCCCGACGGCUCACCGGACGUCUACUCUUACCCCAAGGAUGUCAAGGUCUUCAACGGCAAGCCUUACCUCCUCGAAGAGAGCAUUGCCGGCGAUUAUGCCUUUGUCAAGGCGUACAAGGCCGAUAAGCUAGGCAACUGCCAGUUCCGCCUGGCGGCCAACAAUUUCAAUGGCGCCAUGGGCCGCAACGCCAAAGUCACCAUUGUCGAGGCCGAGCACAUUGUCGAGCCAGGCGAGAUCCCUCCCGAGGCCAUCCACCUACCCGGCAUCUACGUGAAGCGCGUGAUCCAGAGCACUAGCCCCAAGAAUAUUGAGAAAUACACGUGGGCCAAGGAGGAUACCGAUGCCGACGCCAAGGCCGUCCUGGGGACGGGCGAGACUGCGGCCAAGAGGGAGCGAAUCGUCAAGCGAGCAGCCAAGGAGUUCAAGAACGGCAUGUACGCCAACCUGGGCAUUGGCAUGCCCAUGCUUGCGCCCGGCUUUGUCGGCCCCGAGGUCGAGGUGCAGCUGCAGUCUGAGAACGGUAUUCUGGGCCUUGGCCCAUACCCGAAGAAGGGCCAGGAGGACGCCGACCUGAUCAAUGCCGGAAAGGAGACGGUCACUCUGAAACCCGGCGCCGCAGUGUUUGGCAGCGAAGAGAGCUUCGGCAUGAUCCGCAGCGGCAGGAUCAACCUGACCAUCCUUGGUGCCAUGCAGGUCAGCGCGACUGGCGACCUGGCCAACUGGAUGUUGCCGGGCAAGGUCAAGGGCUUUGGAGGCGCCAUGGACCUUGUGAGCAACCCCAGCGCCACCAAGGUCGUAGUCACCAUGGAGCAUACCGAUAAGAAGGGCAACCCCAAGAUUGUCAAGCAGUGCGCAUUCCCGCUCACUGGCCGCGCGUGCGUUUCUAGAAUCAUUACCGAGCUGGGUGUUUUCGAUGUCGACUUUGCCCACGGCCUGACUCUCAUCGAGAUCGCAGACGGAGUGACGGUAGACGAGAUCAAGAGCAAGACGGAGGCGCCAUUCACGGCAAGAGGUGUAAGCCUCCAUGCUUGGAAACUGUUCUCGGCGUUGCUGCUACGUGAAGACGACGAGAAGAGCCUCGGGCUCUAUCGAUUUCGACAGCACAUCUGCCAUCCCAACGCGAGUGACCUCAAAUGGUACACCACGCCGCUCACGUCUCUGCCGACGGAGUUCAUCACCCACCUCGUGCUGAGCGGCGGCAGCGACUUUGCCGUCCAUGACAUGCUCAGCUUAGCAGACAUGAAGAAUCUAGGCGUGCUGGAGAUCAUCCAGCCGGCCGACGAGACGGGCGGUUACUUCCCGGAUGUGAGCGACAACCUCAUCCGCGGCUGGACGGAGACGGAGGAUCCCUUUCCCAUGCUGAGGAUUCUGAGGAUCUGGGGCGACCGAUCAACUUCCAAGAACUGCCUGCGCUGGGUCGCCAAGUUUCCCUCAUUAGCGCUGUUUGAUGUUACGGGCUCUAAGAAAGGCUGGCACGACCCGAUGGAAGAGGCAGCCGAAGCCGGCUGGAAGGUGACUGAUCUCUCAGGUGGCUACGAGAAUUCUUUGCUGAAAAACCUGAUGCUGCUUGUCCCAGACGAACACGUCAACAAGACGCGAGACUCCAUCAAGAGUGUCGACGCCGAUUUGGUGACGCUCUGCAGCGAUUCCCGGUGUGCCAUCAAGUUUGUUCCCAAUGGAGAGGCGCCCCCUCUCCUGGACUACCUCACCGACACGGGCAAGGUGUAUCUGCCCUCGUGGGACCCGGACGCAGCGUCCAGAGAAGCGGGCGCUUGCCACGGCGUUGCUUUCGAGGCAUGGGCCUUUUGGCUGUACUCGUUCCUCGGCCAGCUCAGCGGCGACACGGACAUGGUGAACCAAGGCCUUCCCGUAGACAAGCAGGCCGUAGCCGGUCCGUUUGUGCUACCGUCGCGGCCCAUGGCAUGCCUGUUUCUAGGCCACAGCGGGCGAGGAGGCAUCGCCUCGAAGCCGUCCUACGUGAGCCGGGGCUUGUUCUCGACGGCGCGGUACAUCUUCACCCGCCGGAUGGAUGCGGGCCGGCCUCAGAAACUCAGUCAUGCCUUCAGCGACGGGUUUCGAACGGCAAACCCGCGGCCGACGCAGAAGAGGAAGCAGCUGCACGAAAUGCUGCAGUCGCUUUCUAGAUGA